GACGUGCACCGCCUCCGUCCCAACUCCCAACAAAAAUCAAUAGUAGUUAUGUCUGGACGCGAUAUAAACACAACUACGACGAUGUGUCGCAUCGAAGUGACCUUUUCUGAAUAAAUAACCAUGCUCGUCUAGUGCCCUAUGAGCGAAAUAUGAGGGAUAAUCCCCCGGCCCCCUUCAGUCUCACCCCGUUCCCCGUCAUAACCUCCUCGGCUAGUAUUUACCAUGAAUUCUUAUCAUACCUUUCAGGAAAUGAAGAUCGGGGAGGUGAAGAUUGCAGAGGAUAGCGACUUCCUGAUCUUGAAGAGUCUAAUCGACGACCAUUCGAACUGGAAACUGGCUUACGAGAAGGCGAAUCACACUAAGGUAUGGACUCAACAGACGGAAAAUUGCAACUUCAAAAUGGUUAAAAUUCACACAAUCUUCGAACACAUUUCCGCCAACACAAUGUACGAUGUACUUCACGAUCCAGAUUACAGAAAAGAAUGGGACGAACACAUGAUAUCUUCUGAAGAAAUCGGCUACCUCAAUCCAAACAACGAUGUGGGAUACUACGCAUUAUCCUGUCCAACGCCUUUGAAAAACAGGGAUUUCGUUCUUCAGAGGUCCUGGUUAGAUAUGGGCGACGAAAAACUCAUGUUCAACCAUUCAGUAGAACACAAAGAUUUUCCUCCUAAAAAAGGAUUUAUCAGAGCUACCUCACAUUUGACUGGUUUCGUUGUAAGGACCUUGGACAAUGGCUGCUCCUUCGGUUACGUCACACAAACAGACCCCCGAGGCAAGUUACCCCCUUGGUUAGUCGACAAAAUUACGAAGAAAUUUGCACCGAAAAUCAUUACGAAAUUGAAGAAGGCUGCUGAAAAUUACGAACAAUGGAAACUAAAUCAGAAAAAUCCAAAUUUCAAACCAUGGGUGUACCCAGAAUUGACUCUUGAAUGUAAAAAGAGAGUACAAGUAGAAGAUAAGUCAUUAAAGAGAAAAAAGGUAUAUACGUUCAUUGAUUCAGAAGUGUUCCUGUUUCAAAAUUGAAACUUCCCUGUUUUACUGCCAUUUGGAAUGCAAUCAAAUAAUCAAUGAAGAUCCUGGAGAAGACUGAAUACUACCUACUUGAGGAGUCCAUACGAAAAAUCUGGGUGUCUUCGAUAGUCCGAGACAGAUCUUCUGGAAUUGAGAACUUCAACGUAUUUUCUAGUAUUCAAAUUUGUGGGACGAAUACUUCUCAAAGUCUUAUUGCUAUUUUUAAAGUAUAAUUACGUGAAAGUAUUAUAAGAGAUCGAUUUUUGUGAAAAUCUUUCGAAUUCAAGAAAAAAAAUGAUUGAAUGCUC